AUGCCUGCACCACUCGCGAAAGGUAUUAUGGUGACGGUCACCGUUCUGGUCGCUGCUGGCGUGGCUGUCUAUCAGUCUCCUCAGUUUCAGGAGUGGAUGAAUAAUUCCCGACGCAAGAUUGCUGUUGCAUUGCAUAGCCUAGGCGAUGAGAUACAACCACGCGGUUCCGCUUCUCCAAUCCAGGACGAUAUUUCCAUGACCGAGGAAAUCGGGGAGGCUGCAAAAUUACGCAGAGAGGCUGCACUCAAAGAUAUCGAGCGGAAGGCGGCUCUCCUAGAGUCUCAGAAAAACUCAAGGAAUUCUCAACAACGAUCUGGGGGCAGCUUCGAUACAUUAGUAGACCAAGAAGGCAGUCUCCGCAUGCAGAAUAAAUAUUUCGAUCAUCCGGAUGUUACACCAGUCGCCAACUCGAGUGGCGUUGAUGGGGGUGCACCACAGCGCCGUCGCACGAAGCUCAAUGAUCUUCAACUGCACGUUGGUCCUGCCUCUGAAAGUGCAUCACAUCACCCGUCGGAAUCAUUUCCACAUUCGACACCCACUUCUGAACGACCAGACCCGGACAUUAUGUUUGAAUCAUUCUCCGGCUCCCCGCUGAGGGGACAAUCACCCGUGUCUGCCUCAGCCUCGACGAGUCAUACAGAAGACAACUCGGUUUAUUAUGCUCACCCUCAUGCAUCCAAUACUAGCGAACAGCCAGAACUAACUGACAGCUUGGAAAAAUUUGGUAAUGGAAAUCGGCUUCAGCAUGACGUUUCAUCAGCGCCUUCUGAAGCGGGAAGUUUCGACAUAGUUGCGGAUGAAUCAUCAGAUGGUACAUUGAGUGACUGGGGUAUGCAUUCGGUUGGAGGCGUUGCUACCCCGGUUAGCUGGUCUGAGGUUGGAAGUGUAAUCAGCGACAAUGAUGCUGGCCAUCAACAGUUGCUGUGA